AUGUCUUCUAUUUUAAGCAAUAAAAGAAGGAAAAGAAACAGAGAAUGGAUAUUGCCGGAUAAGUGUCAUUAUUUAUUAGUUAUUAUUAAAAAAAAUGCUGGUGGUGCUUAUUGUCACUCUAGAAAAAAAUCACCAUCAUAUACCUUAGAGAAUAAACAGCCAUAUAAUUUGAGAGCCAGGAGAGAAGGUAAUAUUGUAGUUAAUAUUAAUGGUAAAGAAAAUUUCAGAGGAAUUGAAGAUGAUUAUUAUGGAAAUGAUCAUGGAGAAGAAAAUACAAAAGCAACUAUCUUCAUUUAUUUCAGCUUUUGA